CACCAAAGACAGAAAGAAAGAGUCAGGACUUUGUUGCCAGAGGGAGUGUGGUGUGUUUUUAAGGGGCUGAACGCCUGCAUCAUGAACAGGAAACCCUUGUAAGCUGAUACAGUUUUUUGAAAGGACAACAUCAGCCUCUCUGCCCCUCCCUUCUGUAUCUGUUUGUGUGUUGCUUUUUGUAAGCUGAGAUGUGUUAUUGCAGUGCCACUAUCGGCUACAGCAGGCUAUUUGCUGUAUAUAUUUCCGGAUACUGUUUCCUCUAGUGGGAGGUCUGUGCUGCUGGAGUUUUCGGAUGCACUUGCUCCUGCUCAAGGUGACUCGGAGAGUCUUGAUACACUGCAAAGUGAAGUGAAUCAUCACCUGGGAUCUUUGCUGUGGAGGUAGAGAUAUGGAACCUGGGUGGAUUGGGAUGUGAGGGCAUGGCAGGCCUAGAGUUAAGGCACUACUCCCUGAGAAACAGCCAAGGCAUGGGCUCGGUCUCUCCUCAGGAGCCCCAAAAAGACAUGGAGGGCUAUUACAACCUUUUGCAGGCCGGCUCUGAGCUAGAGAGCACACUGCAACAGGUUACAGUCCCUGUGAGUUUGAAGGAGGUGGCUGGCUAUAUUGAAAAACAAGUGGCCUUUUUAUCAGGGGGUCGUGGGGAGGAUUCUAGUGUCAUCAUUACUCUCCCAGAAUUCUCUGCUUUCAGUGACAUUCCCGAAGAAGCUCUGGCCAAGGUUCUCUCAUACCUCACACUGAUCCCGAGAGCACGGCAACCUGGUGUUAAAUUUAUCAUAAUUUUAGACCGAAGAUUGGAUACUUGGACCUCGAUCAAAACAGCACUUGCAAGGAUUGCGGCCUCAUUCCCAGGGAACCUGCACCUGGUGUUGGUGCUGAGACCCACCAGCUUCUUCCAGCGUACUGUCACUGAUCUCGGUUUCCGCUUUAGUCAAGAGGAUUUCAUGCUCAAAAUGCCUGUGGUGAUGCUCAACUCUGUCACAGAUCUGCUGCAUUACAUUGAUGAGAACCAGUUGACCUCAGAGUUUGGGGGCACUCUUGACUACUGCCACAGUGACUGGAUCAUCCUGAGAACAGCUAUUGAGAGUUUUGCCGUUAUGGUUAAGGACAUUGCUCAGAUGCUGCAGGCCUUUGGUACAGAGCUGGCUGAGACGCAGUUGUCAGAAGAGUGCAAUGCCAUUGAGUUACUACUACUGUCCCACACUGAGAAAUACAGGAGGCUUAAGGAUUCCAUCAGAUCAGUAAUGAGGGAGGGACGACAACUACUUCACAACCUAGAGACUUCUAGAAAGGAGGGGUACUCUGACACUCAUUGGGACAUAACCCAGGACUGGGAUACCAUGCAGAGGCUGCUGGCUCAGCUCACAGAUAUGGAGAUGGCUUUUGAUGGCUUCUUUGACAAGCACCACCUCAAACUCCAGCAAUAUUUGCAACUAUUGAGAUAUGAGCAUAGCUUUCAGGAGAUGGAAUGCUCUUUAGAGAAAUUGAGAGCCCAGGAAAGGAAGGUAAGCAUCACAGGAGAGUCAUUGGCACAAACAGAGCAGACCAUCAAAGAGCUGGAGAGUCUAGAAAAACGUGCACAGGAGGAGAUGAGUCAGACUCAAGUUCUUAUCCUGCAUGGACAUCAGCUGGCUGCUGGGCAUCACUAUGCUAUGGCUCUGAUCAUACAACGCUGUAAUGAACUCAGACAUCAAUGUGACACACUGACAUCUGCCCUCAGUACUAAACGCAACCUACUGACACAAGCACAGACCUUACUGCGAUCUCUCGAAAAGGCUCAGCGCUGGUGUGAUGAAGGUGCUUAUCUUUUGGCCAAUCAGCAGGUAGAUAAAUUUCAGUCUAAAGAGGGUGCUCAGACAGCGCUUCGAGAUAUUGAGAAGUUCCAGGAGGGGGCGCCACCUCUUCUCAGUGCAGGUGCUGAUGUGCUGUUUCUGGAGUAUGAAUCUGUGCUCACUACUUACCUACAGGCUCAUAUUGAGAAGACAUUUGAAAAGCAUAGCUCUGUGCAGGCUCUGAUUCAAUCCAGACAGAACUGCCUGAGGAAACUGGCAAACAAGCAUGUGCGACCAAUCCAACUGGUGGCCCCUCGACCAGAGAACCCACCACGCUCUAAAUCCCCCCUCUUCUCCCCCAAACAUGAUUUUAAUUCCAGUUUAAAGUUCACCUUUGACCUCCCACUUCCAAGCAAAAGAGCAUCAAGGAAAAGCCCUAACUCUAGGAAGAUUGAAGUGAUUCAUGACUAUAAGACGCAAAGCUGUCUGCCCUACAGUGUAGAUGGAGAGGACAGCACUGACCUCCUUAAACGACAUGUGAUGAAUGAGCUGAUAGAGACAGAAAGGAUCUAUGUGGAGGAGUUGCUGGCGGUGCUCCUGGGCUACAGGGCUGAAAUGGACAAUCCGUCUCUUGCUUCUCUCCUGCCAACAAGUCUUCGCAACACGAAAGAUGUGCUGUUUGGAAACUUGCCUGAUAUCUUCAACUUUCAUAGCAGUGUCUUCCUCCAGGAUUUGGAGAGCUGUCUGGAGACCCCUGAGGCAGUAGGGGCAUGUUUUCUGGAACGGAAAGAGAAUUUCCAUUUAUAUGAAUGCUACUGUCAGAACAAGCCUCGAUCGGAGUCCUUAUGGAGGCAGUUUUCCGAUUGUUCAUUUUUUCAGGAGUGCCAAAAGAAGCUGGAACACAAACUUGCUCUUGAUUCAUACCUGCUUAAACCAGUCCAGCGCCUUACAAAGUACCAGCUCCUAUUAAAGGAGCUUCUGAAGUACAGCUCAGGCUGUGAGAGGAUUUCUGAGCUGCAGGAGGCACUAGCAGCAAUGCUGGACCUGCUUAAAUCUGUCAAUGACUCAAUGCACCAGAUUGCCAUCACUGGAUAUGAGGGAGAUUUCGGCGAUCUGGGCCGUGUGCUAAUGCAGGGCUCUUUCAGCGUGUGGAUUAGUCAUAAAAAGGGUCCGAACCGCGUGAAAGAGCUGGCACGCUUCAAACCCAUGCAACGUCACCUGUUCCUGCAUGAGCACGCACUUCUCUUCUGCAAGCGCAGGGAGGAGCAUGGAGAGAAUGCUGACAAGACCCCCUCCUACAGCUUUAAACACUGUCUGAAGAUGAGUGCAGUAGGCAUUACGGAAAACGUCAAAGGAGACAUCAAGAAGUUUGAGAUCUGGUACAGUGGCAGAGAGGAGGUCUAUGUGAUACAGGCACCCACAGUGGAGGUGAAGAUUACCUGGCUGAACGAGAUCAGAAAGAUCCUCACCAACCAGCAGAAGCAACUAAAAGAGGAGUUGUGUCAUUCUUCUGCAAUCUCUGACCAAAAGCAGCUGUCUCCGCCCCUUUCUGUGAGCAAGCAGCAAAGAGCGUCCGUGAGCUCAGAGGGGACUGAGUCGGGACACAGCAGUCCUGACACGCUUAGUUGCUCUACCCAGCACCGGCGCAACAGACGCAGCUGGCCGGGUGCACCACAUUCUGUAGAUAUCUGUGAAGGUCUGGAUGACUGGAGUGGAGCAAACUGUCUCUCUCACCUGUCUGACACUGAAGAAGAGGAUGGUGGUCAUCUGGUUCCAGGCAGAUACAGGGCAUUUGCCGACUGGCAGAAAAACGGGCAAGAUAACUUGAUUGUUAAAUGUGGUGAUGUCAUACAACUGCAGCAUGAGGAAAAUGAUGGCCAGUGGCUGGUAAAGAAUCUGAGUCGCAGACAGGAAGGCCAAAUCCCUACCGCCAACCUCCAAGGCAUCCUGGGAGAUGGUGUAAAGAAUCACUCCACCUGGCUAGGAGACCCAGGCAAUCGAAAAGCACGGAAGCUGAGCUCACCAUAAAAGAAGUGCCCAGUGGUGCCCUGGACCUACCCAAACCACAUAGUGGCACAGUGACCGCAUACUUGUGUGAUUCUUGGAUUUAGAUCUGGCCAGCAGACUGCAGACCUUGCUUUCCAAAGCAGGACAACAUUCUAAAUAUAUCAGUGUUCUUCCAAUGUUCUUGUACUGAUCCUCAUUGACAGAUGCUACCCAAAUGAAACAUGUGGUUUUUGACCUUUAAAACUUGACGACAGCAAUCUUACAAGUUAUGUCCACCACCUCAAUGAGUGUUUUUGAAGAUUUGCUCUCUGAACUCACACUUCAGUCUUCCCGACUUGAAGCCUUGCAAAAAAAAUACACUUCUGAGAAUGUCCCAAUAGACUUCACUGUUCUUUUUAAUGAAUCAAGGCCAAUGAAAAAUAUCUUGGAACUGUUCGUAAUGGAUUUGUACAUUUUGUAAUUCACUCCUGAAGAACUGAGUGCGUUUAUGCUGUUAUUUAUUUUGUACUGUUAUUGUAAUUGUAUUUAUUCUCAUUGAAUGGAGAAACAGCUCUCUGAAGUGCCAUGGGAGCUUCAAUGCCAAACCAUGCAGUGCCAUAAUUGUUUACCCAUACUUGUGCUUUCAACUUAAUUUAAUGCAGAUUUUGUUCAGCAGAAUUUGAGUGCACUAGUUUAAUAUUACCUCAAAAAUUAUUCUCUAAAAGCACUUUAUUCAGGUCACAUGAAUUUUGUUGUGGCCUUUUGCAUCUUUCCACAGUUUUAAACCAGUUGAAUUUUGCAUGCUGUUAAAUAUUACCUCUCUUCAAUUGAUCAUGCAGAAUGAUACAGAAUCUGAUUGCAAAUACAACUGAAUACUCAUAGAGUCAUAAGGGAUUGAACAGGAACCAUUUUCAGUGUUGUGUUCAUACUAACACAUUUGUGUUUUUAUUGUCACAGUCGCGCUGCAUGAGCAGCUGCAAAACCAUGUUAAUGGAGGUUUCUUAUUAAGGGAGAUCAUACAGAAAACAUUAAAUAUACACACUGUUUUGAAUGCAAAAUUAAAUAUUGAUUGCAGUUUAAUAUGAAUAUACUACAUAAAAUCAAUCCCCCUAUUGGAGGAAGUAUAGGUCUCUGUAGAACAGUUAUUGGUGUUUUCAAAUCUGUGGGUGUUUUCAAACCAGGAUGGUCAUAUCUAAACUAACCAAUAAAAGUGGGGAAUCUCAGUGUAGAAAUCAGUGGGUGUUUCCAAACUAAGAUGGGCAUUUCUAAACUAACAAAAAAAGUAGGAAAUCUCAAUGGUUUGAAAAUGGCCACUGAUUGGAAAAAGCCAAUUUUUUGUUCUGCAGAGAUAAGUCUUGGUUGGAGGGCUGACUUUGAUAUACCAGUGUUGAAGUGGAAAUGAGCUGUGCAUACCAGCAGGGGACGCUCCAUAUCUCUUAUGGUAUUAAUAAUUUUUUGCUAUCAAGUGUGGAGCGUUUAGCUUCAGCCAGCCAUCAAAAAUAAUGUCUCAUACAUGUCUCAUGUAAAAUAGCCUACGACUUAUUAUACCUUAAUAUAACCUGUGCAGUUUUUUAUUUAUCUGGACCAUAUGUACUGUCAGCUUUGCAUAUUUAUAAUGGCUUAUUACUCAUGUUAGUGUAUCUAAAGGAAAUUAAUUGUGGGUUUUUAUUUUAUUUGUGCUGGCUUUUAGAGUAUCUCUAUGAUGGAAUGUACACCUAUUGCAAUGAUGAAAUACAAUUUUAUUAAGAAAUUUAGGAUUUAUCCUAAAGUUCACUAUAAUUGGCACUGUUUUGAGCAUGUUCAGCUCAAGGUUGUUGUGACCACACUAGACAGCCAUCUGAUCAACCUACCAUCUUUAUGCUGACCGUGGUGUUGUUUUCAAACUUCAGGAGCUUGACAGUGGGGUCUUAUGCAAUGCAGUCAUUCAUGUACAGGGAGAGGAGCAGUGGAGGCAGAACGCAUCACAGAGGAUCACCAGUGCUAAUAGUGAAUGUCCCGGAUGUGAGUUUCCCCAGUCUCACUAGCUGCUGCAUAUCUGUCAGAAAGCUGGUGAUCCAUCAACAGAUUGGGGUGGGCAUGGAUAGCUAAGUCAGUUUGGUUGAGAGAAGAUCAGGCAUGAUGGUAUUGAAGGCCAAACUGAAGUUCACAAAUAAGAUCCUUGCAUUAGUCCCAGGUCUGUUGAGGUGUUGCAAGAUAUAAUGCAGUCAUAUAUUGACAGCAUUAUCCACAGACCUGUUUGCUCGGUAAGCAAACUGAAGGGGGUCCAGCAGGGGUCUAGUGAUGUCCUUCAGUUAGGCCAAAACCAGUCUCUCAAAUGACUUAAUGACCAGAGACGUGAGAGAGACAUGUCUGUAGUCAUUAAGUCCAGUGAUUUGGGGUUUUUUUUGGGACCGGAAUGAUAGUGGAGUGUUUGAAGCAGCAGGGAACUUCACACUGCUCCAGUGAUCUAUUGAAGAUUUGUGUGAAGAUGGGGGCCAGUUAGUGCAGACUUGCAGACAGGCAGGUUAAACACCAUCUGGGCCUGAAGCUUUUCUAGUCUUUUGUUUCUUAAAGACCCAGCAUACAUCCUCCACACAGAUCAUAAGUGCAGAUUGAGUAACAGGAGGGGGGGUUCUAGGAGAUGUUGGUGUGUGUGUGAAGUGAAUAUCAGAGUAGGGGAGGGGUGUACGAUUGGGCUUUUCAAACCUGCAGUAAAACAUUAAAUUCAUCAGCCCAUUGUUGACUCUACAGACCAAGGGUGAGGUGUCUUGUACUUGAUGAUCCUUUUCAGGCCUUUCCACACAGAUGUAGGUUCAUUAGCUGAAAACAUUUUAUUCAGCUUCUCAGAGUUGCUUCUUUUAGCCACUCUGACUUCCUUUAGUCAGUGUGCUCCUGGUCUGGUUGUACAAUAUUUUAUCCCCACUUCUGUAAGCAUCCUCUUUGACAUGACGAAACUAUCUGAGUUUUGCUGUAAACCAUAGUUUAUCGUGAUUUAAUUAUAAAAAUAUCCUAGUAGGAUUUACAUAUCCUCACAGAAACUGAUAUAGGAUGUCACAGUCUCUGUGAGCUUGUCCAGGUCUUUGGCUGCAGCCUCAAAAUCAAUCCAAUCAGUGCAAAGCAGGCUUGUAGUUACAGCUCUGCUUCAUUGGCCCAACUCUUUACAGUCUUUACUAUAGGCUUAGCUGAUUUUAGUUUCUGUUUGUAGGUCGGCAGAAGAUUAACCAGUCAGUGAUCAGAGAGUCCUAAAGCUGCACAUGGGACAGAGCGAUAUACAUCAUUUACAGAAAUGUAGCAGUGAUUCAGUAUAUUUCUGUCUCUGGUGGGGCAUGUGUUGUUUGUAUUUUGGCAGUUCACUGGUGAGGUUAGCCUUUCCCUUUCUUUUUAAAAGUUUUUUGAUAAUUUGGCACGAUCUGCAUUACGGCGUGUAGAUGCCACACGUUUUUUUUUUUGUUUCCAUCACCUUGUCCCCUCCCUCAUCUGGGUGGAUGGUGUGGAAGGUACGCCCCUCCCCAGGGAAAGGGGGGGGGGGUAUAGGUCAUGCUGGGAACGGGGGAGGAAUGUGACCGGGUGGAGGGCGGGGCCGGGUCGUCAUUCCGCACACCUGGCCCCUAAUCAGGCUAAUCAAGCCUCAGUUAGGGAUAAAGGCCUACUGCAAGCUACAGUGUGAGAGAGAAAUUUACG